GAAAAUCGGAAGCGGAAGUGUGGGGCCUGUGAAUUCUAGCAGGAUGCGCGGAUCCCGCUGAGGGAUUUUCCCUUUAUUUAAUAUCCUCCUCGACUGCGCUGUGAAAAAUAUAGCUAUCUGAAAUAAACAUCUGCCAUGUCCGAGACAUACGAUUUCCUGUUUAAGUUCCUUGUUAUCGGGAAUGCGGGAACUGGAAAAUCAUGUCUCCUCCACCAGUUCAUAGAGAAGAAAUUCAAAGAUGACUCAAAUCAUACAAUCGGAGUGGAGUUUGGCUCUAAGAUAAUCAAUGUGGUCAACAAAUUUGUCAAACUUCAGAUUUGGGACACAGCAGGACAGGAACGGUUCAGAUCUGUAACACGAAGCUAUUACAGAGGGGCAGCAGGAGCUCUCCUUGUCUAUGACAUCACCAGUCGGGAGACAUACAACGCUCUGACCAAUUGGCUGACAGAUGCCAGGAUGUUAGCCAGUCAGAACAUUGUUAUAAUACUGUGUGGUAAUAAGAAGGACCUGGAUGCUGAUCGGGAGGUCACCUUUCUGGAGGCGUCUCGCUUCGCUCAGGAGAAUGAGCUUAUGUUUCUAGAGACCAGUGCUUUAACCGGGGAAAAUGUGGAAGAGGCCUUCAUCCAGUGUGCACGCAAAAUCCUCAACAAAAUAGAAUCAGGUGAGCUAGAUCCAGAGCGAAUGGGUUCAGGGAUUCAGUAUGGUGAUGCAGCACUACGGCAGCUUCGUUCCCCAAGACGAGCUCAGGCUGAGAGCGUGCAGGAGUGUGGUUGUUAGAGAACCAAAGGCCAGAACAUUUUGUAAAGAUUAUUUUGGGAAUGGGACAACAGACCCAAAACAGUGGAGAAACUCUUCCCUCUCCUUCCUUUUUCUUCGGCCCAGACAAGCCUGACAUCUUGGGACGCCGCUGUGCUCUAGAACAAUCCGGGUCGAGGCAAAGACACCAACCGAGGAUGAUGAAUCUAGGCCCUUGCUGAAUGUUCUGCACUGAGCUUGACCCAUUAAACCCUCUAUUUCCUGUCCUACUCCUAUUAAAGUAUUUAGGUCUUGUGUAAAGAAGAACUUAAAUCAUUAUUUUGAAGCAUGUUUACGGACUGCAUUUCCAUAACUUGAAUGAUUAGGUUUUAUCAGCUCAGGAGUGCUAUGGGUUAGGUCAUAUCAGCUGAAAACUUUGAUUUUAAUCAUUUUCUAUUUUUUAUUUUUUGCUGAUGACAUAUGUAUCAUUUCAUCCCGUAAAGUAAUACUGAUUAUAUAUAUAUAUAUAGCUAUAAAAGGCUGAACACUGAUUAUAUAGAUAUAUAUAUAAAUCUGUGUAUUACUUUACCAGAUAUAAAAUCAUGUUUUAUAAAUGUGAAUGCUUUCUUUGAAAAGCACGCACUGUUGUUUAAUUCCAUGGUUUUACAUUUACUUUAUUUUCGCACACACACACACACACACACACACACACAUAUAUAUAUAUAUAUAUAUAUAUACUUAUAUCAGAAGGUAUGUUACUUUUGAAACCUGGAAUGUCAAAUUAUAGUAUAUAUCGAGUCACAGACUUAUCUUCUAUUCAUAUAUAGUAGUGAAAAUCUAAAAAAAUGAAAUACAUUGAGAAGUCACUGUUACUACAAAGUGUUACCUUGCACAGCAUACUUAACUGCUGUUGUCAUGUUUAAAAAUGUUCUUUUGACUAUCUCAUGCCAAGUGUUAUUAAAUGUAUCAUCACAUUUUUAAAUGUAAUUGUAUCUGCAUUCAGCUUCAUUCAUACAUUUCGGAAAAAUGUGUUCGGUCCUGUAUUUCAUUCAUUUCAAUUUAUUUUUUUAACAUGGCUGUGUUACUGAUAACAGAGGUGGGAAGUAUUGUCUGUGGUUCAACAUUGUAUGCAUACACUGCUGAAAAUGUUUACAGUUAACUGUUAAUAGGAGCACAUGCUUCACAAGCCAUACAAGUUAUUUGCAUUAUGUUAUUGCUACAAAGCCACACUUUUUGAGGAGAGAGGAAAUGUUGUAAUAAUUAUUACCCUUGCUGUUUUGUUUUUGUCUAAUACAACUGUAAAAGGAAUAGAUGGGAGCAAGGCUAAGACCAGUGUAAUUUCAGAUAUCACUAAUUUUGUUGAAAGAUAUAAUUAUGAUAUGGUCUAGGCUUACUUGGAAACAUCAGCUGACUUACACUGAUACACUCCUUUCAAACAGAUUAUGCUAAUAUUAUAUUAAAUUAUUUUAAUAGAAUCAUUUUACCCCAUGUGUAUUUCCAUGUUGUACAAUAAUUUUGGAUGGCAUCUCUGUAAACAAUAAAGGUAACAAAAAAUACAAA